UUAGCAGAUUAAGAACCAACAAGAAACCCUCCUUAGAGAAGCCGGAAAUGCCGCUGGAGCUGCAGAUUCCGGCGUUAUUCCGGCAGGAUUGACUGGAUAAGUGGAUAAAAAUGCGUGAAACAGUUUUCUAUGAUGAGGAAGACAACAACGGAAACGGAAACAAGAAGAAGAAAUCCGAGGAAGACGUUAAGGAAACAACAGAGGCAAAAGAAGAUGAAGAAGAAGUCGUGUUAAUCCCCACAACGUUCGUCGUCGGCCGGAGCCGAUCUCAGGCCGGGAAUACUCGUCGAGUAACCCCAACCACGACUGCAACCACCGACACCAGUGGCGCCACCUUUACCACAACCACAACCGCCAUCGCCACCGUAGAGAAAAUCCUCCCCAACGGUGAUCUCUACACUGGAAGCUUCACCGGAAACGUACCUCACGGUACGGGGAAGUAUCUCUGGACAGACGGGUGUAUGUACGAAGGUGAGUGGCGAAAAGGUAAAGCUUCAGGUAAAGGUAAGUUCUCUUGGCCAUCUGGAGCUACCUACGAAGGCGAAUUCAAAGCUGGAAGGAUGGAUGGUGUUGGUACUUUCAUCGGUGCUGAUGGUGACACUUACCGUGGAUCUUGGAGCGCCGAUCGGAAACAUGGGUUUGGCCAGAAAAGCUACGCUAAUGGAGAUUACUAUGAGGGUCCAUGGAGACGUAAUUUGCAGGAUGGGCAAGGAAGGUAUGUGUGGAAGAAUGGGAACGAAUAUGUGGGUGAGUGGAAGAACGGUGUGAUCUCUGGCAGAGGUGUUUUGAUUUGGGCUAAUGGGAAUCGAUAUGAUGGGCUGUGGGACAAUGGUGUCCCUAAGGGGAAUGGUGUUUUUACAUGGCCUGAUGGAAGUUCCUAUGUAGGUUCUUGGUGUAAGGAUCUCAAGAAUCAACAACAGCUUAAUGAGGCCUUUCUUCCGAGUAAGAACUCUAAGGAUCUGAGUGAUUUGCCGAAGAGUCCUUUUGCUGAGGAGAACUUUAUGUUGACGAUGAGGAAGAGGUCUUCAGUUGAUGGAGGGAGAGGAAGCUUGGCUGAGAGGAAUUUCCCUCGAAUUUGCAUUUGGGAAUCGGAGGGUGAAGCUGGGGAUAUCACUUGCGAUAUCAUCGAUAAUGUGGAAGCAUCGAUGCUUUAUCGGGAUGGAACGGAUUUGGAUCGGAGUGUAGCUUUACAGAGGCGAAGUCCGUGUUGUUUUGCUGGAGAUGUUAAGAAACCUGGGCAGCCUAUAUCAAAAGGGCAUAAGAACUAUGAUUUGAUGCUAAAUCUUCAACUGGGUAUCAGGUAUUCCGUUGGCAAGCCUGCUUUGACAUUCCGGGCCCUUAAACCGGCUGAUUUCGAUCCAAGGGAAAAGUUCUGGACGAGGUUUCCGUCAGAGGGAUCGAAAAUUACACCCCCUCAUCAGUCGGUGGAGUUUCGAUGGAAGGACUACUGUCCCAUGGUGUUCAGACAUCUGAGGGAGUUGUUCAAUAUUGAUCCUGCGGAUUACAUGCUAGCCAUUUGCGGAAAUGACGCUCUGAGAGAACUUUCUUCACCCGGAAAGAGUGGAAGCUUCUUUUACCUUACACAAGAUGAUCGGUUCAUGAUAAAGACCGUUAAGAAAUCCGAAGUCAAGGUUCUUCUAAGGAUGCUUCCAAGUUACUACCAACAUGUUUGUCGGUAUGAGAACUCCCUGGUCACAAAGUUCUUGGGUGUGCAUUGUGUUAAACCAGUGGGCGGCCAGAAGACCCGGUUCAUCGUGAUGGGCAAUUUGUUCUGCUCGGAGUAUCGUAUCCACAAGCGGUUUGACCUUAAAGGAUCGUCACAUGGCCGAACAACUGACAAACCUGAGGGAGAGAUUGAUGAGACAACCACCCUGAAGGACCUUGAUCUGAAUUUUGUGUUUCGGCUGCAACAGUCUUUGUUUGGAGAGCUAAUGAGACAAAUUGAUCGAGACUGUGAAUUCUUGGAAGCCGAGAGGAUCAUGGAUUAUAGCCUCUUGGUGGGUCUUCACUUCCGUGAUACCUGUGAUACCUACACAGGCGAUAAAUCAGGGUUGUCGCCAUUUAUUGUGCCUUCAGGCAAGAGGGAAACAUACCAAGAUCAUGAAGUCAUGAGUGGGUGUCGCUUCUUUGAUGCAGAGCUCCAGGAUAUGAAUCAUUUUGUGGCUGGGCGGAAGCCAUUGAUCCGGUUAGGCGCAAACAUGCCUGCAAGAGCAGAGCAGGUGGUAAGGGGGAGUGAUUUUGCUCCGUUCACCCCAAUUGCAGGAGGAAAUUCAACACCAAUACGUGGUAGUACACCACUACGUGGUAGCAGUGGCGGUGGUGGUGGUGGUGGUGAGAUCUAUGAAGUGAUUCUAUACUUUGGAAUCAUUGACAUCCUCCAAGACUAUGACAUAAGUAAAAAGCUAGAGCAUGCAUACAAGUCCCUGCAAGCUGAUCCAACUUCUAUAUCGGCAGUCGACCCUAAACUCUACUCAAAGAGAUUUCGGGACUUCAUACGCAGAAUAUUUAUUGAGGACAAGUGAUGAAGAAAGGAGAAGAAAAUUGAACCCAUACAGUUGCUUGAUUGAAUGAUGGGCCGCAUGCCACGGACAAUAUGUAUGAUGCCAGGAUCUGUAGCCUUAACGUGCAAUGGCUGGCCUGGACUGUAGAGGCCCACGAGGGCCUAUCGGCGCGGUACUGGCGGGGACUGUUCAUGGCUGAAUUUUGGUGAUCAGCCAUGUUGGUGAAAGUGGGGGUGGGGUUGGGUUGUGAACUGUAUAUGGUUAAUUAGGCGGGAGAAUUGGAUUCUGAUUUUUAUUUUAUUUUUCCCCUUCUGGGUAACCAUCAAAAUGUGAAGAUUUGGAAGAUAGAUACAGGAAAUAGAGGAAUUGCUUCCGUGAGAUAUUUAAAAUGAGGACUGGAAUAAGAAUUGUACAGAUAAAAAGGAGAGUAGAUUAUGGAAAAUUUUUAUAUACUUUUUUCCCCUCUUUCCUUGUGAA